AUGACUAUACACUAUGCCCCAGAGUCCAUGCGGCUGUCUACCAGUGUGAUAGACGUUCGAGAAUAUCUACCCCCGGCUAGGGUCUAUGCUCCUGUCAGUCGGAAUAUGGGUGUUACCACAGAGGCUCAAAGCAAUCACAGGUGCGAAACCCCCCGCACACACCCCUGGUACAUCGGAGCAGAUGGUAGGGCUAUAGAAGAAGGCCUUCUAUGCUUCUUAAAGUCCACUGUGCGGAUUAAGAAGGAAGCAAGCCUACCUGUGGCUAACUCUGUCAACCUGCUGGAGCACAGGGGCACCUUUGAUAGCAUUGAUUCUGUCGAACCACCCUAUUCUAAUACUGCUCUUAACGAGUUUCAUCGGAAACUCACCAGUGCUAAAGGGGCUGAGAUCAGGGUUGCGGCGCCGCAGCCCCGCAUAUAUUCAGCACAUUCUCGCUCUAGCAUGAUACCGUACACUAUCAGUAGACCGUGUGCUCUAUCUAUUGCGUCGAGGGCCAAGCUGCAGCAGACGGCCGCUAUCUCCCCCGUUGAAGACGAUAUCAGUCUUUCCGACUUUACAGUACCUCACAACUCCUCAAGCCAUAGCAAUUUCACGACUGAAUUGAACCCCUACAGCGUGUCUAAGCAGAGAGCCGAAACUGUCUGCAGCGCCCUCAACUUAACAGCGACCAGUCUGCCCCGGAGGUCGAACGUAGACCUCGUUAGAUCUAAGGCUGCGGCGUCAGAGCUCCUUACUACGAUAUUAACUGAUUCUUUAACCUUUAGCAACGACGCUAGGCGGCGUCGAUCACCAAAAUCUGUGAUGAGUAAACAGUAG